AAAACCGGCCCCUUUGAUCGUAACUGGAGCCAAGCUCCACCCCUCCGCUACCGAGUUCCUGCUGUCUGCCUCUGGCCUCCCGAGCCCCUCCCUAGACCAACCCCGUUCGGUCUGUUUUCGUUUUCACAGCCUUUAUUACCCUCGUGUGUGCGUACGUGCGCUGGUGCGAGUGCGAGUGCAUGUUCUCUAUAGCCUUUGUCUGCUGUGAUCGAGGCCUUCCACUGGAGACGCACUCGGGCCUCGCCGACCUCCGAGCCUGCCGAGGCUGGCCCUGUACCCUGGGUAGGGCGAGCCUUUCACCGGCCGCAGCCACCCCAAGCCUGUAUUGACUGGUGAUCCUUCCCCCCAAGAAGGCUUACACAGGAGCUGUCCUCUGAGACUCUGGAUGACUUUAUUCUUCAAAUGGCUUCCCCCUUCCAAUAGUUCAGGGACCCUCCAUUCCUCAGACCCAGGAAAAUGUGACGAGCUACAGGUCUCAGCUUCUAGAUCACCACUUCAUGGUCUAGCCACAAGUGACUCGAGUGGACGAUCCAGGGGCAGCGAGGUACGUCAGGGAGAUGUCUAAAGAAAUGGCAGACCAAAGAGAAGAAGGUGAAGCUGGAGCGAAAGAGUCAUGCGGAGACCAGAUCAAAGGAUCGGACAAAGAGGAGGAACCCCCAGCUGCUUCACCCCAUGGCCAGGGGUGGCGUCCAGGUGGCAGAGCUGCUAGGAAUGCAAGACCUGAGCCUGGGGCCAGAGCCCCUGGACAGCCUGCCAUGGUUGGUGACCCACCAGUACCUGCCUUACUGUGGGCCCAGGAGGUAGGCCAUGUCCUGGCAGGCCGUGCCCGCAAGCUGCUGCUGCAGUUUGGGGUGCUCUUCUGUACCAUCCUCCUCCUGCUCUGGGUGUCUGUUUUCCUCUACGGCUCCUUCUACUAUUCCUACAUGCCGACAGUCAGCCACCUCAGCCCAGUGAAUUUCUACUACAGGACCGACUGCGACUCCUCCUCUUUACUCUGCUCAUUUCCUGUUGCCAAUGUCUCGCUGGCUAAGACUGGACGUGAUCGGGUGCUGAUGUAUGGACAGCCGUACCGGGUCACCUUGGAGCUUGAGCUGCCAGAAUCCCCCGUGAAUCAAGACUUGGGUAUGUUCUUGGUCACCAUUUCUUGCUACACCCGAGGUGGUCGAAUCAUCUCUACUGCUUCGCGUUCCGUGAUGCUGCAUUACCGCUCAAGCCUGCUCCAGAUGCUGGACACGCUGGUCUUCUCUAGCCUCCUCCUGUUUGGCUUUGCAGAGCAGAAGCAGCUCCUGGAGGUGGAGCUAUACCCAGAAUACAGAGAGAACUCGUAUGUGCCGACCACCGGAGCGAUUAUUGAGAUCCACAGCAAGCGCAUCCAGAUGUAUGCGGCCUACCUGCGCAUCCACGCCCACUUCACUGGGCUCAGGUACCUGCUCUACAACUUCCCGAUGACCUGCGCCUUCGUGGGGGUCGCCAGCAACUUCACCUUCCUCAGCGUCAUUGUGCUGUUCAGCUACAUGCAGUGGGUGUGGGGCGGCCUCUGGCCCCGCCACCGCUUCUCUUUGCAGGUUAAUAUCCGGAGGAGAGACAGAAGGGAAGGCCAGCGAAGGAUCCCUGCCCCUCCGCCAGACAUAGGACCCCAAGGCCAGGAGGAGCCAAACCAGCUGUCGGACAUCGCGGAGGAUGGUGAGGGCCCGGAUGAUCCCUCCGGGGCAGAGGGGCAGCUGUCUGAGGAGGAGAAACCUGAUCAGCAGCCCCUGAAUGGCGAGGAGGAGCUCGAACCAGAGGCCAGUGAUGGCUCAGGAUCCUGGGAAGAUGCCGCUCUGCUGACGGAGGCCAACCUGGCUGCUGCCGCCGCUGCUGCUGCCCCUGCCCCUGCCCCAGCCCCGGCCCCGGCCCCUGAGACUGUGGGCAGCGCUGAACCUGCGGGGGGCACUCUCCGCCAGCGCUCUACCUGCUCCAGUUCCUAAAGAGAAUGGGCAGAGCCCCCACAUUCCAGCCCUCUCCCAUCUGCUCCCUCUCCCAUCCCCUUCUUCUCCCCAAUAAACUAUUUUCGUGCC